AUGGAUCAAGUUGUCGAAGAAAUUGUUGAUCAAGCUGUCAACAACGCUACUAGUUCUCAAAUUCAAUUCCCAAGUUGGAUUCAAUACCACGUCCCAUCCAUCGAACAUCCGUUUGGUUUAGAAUUAUGGCCAAUCUUUUCUGAAGGAUUUGAAAAAAUCGUUGGCUAUCCAGCUGAAGAAUUCAGAUUUAUCCAUCACAAGACCUUCUUAGCUAACGGUUACCAUGCUGUCGGCAUUAUUGCCUUUUACUACUUAGUUAUUUUUGGUGGCCAAGCUAUAUUGCGUAAGCUAAAUGCUUCUCCUGUCAAAAUGAAACUUUUAUUCCAAUUCCACAAUUUAUUCUUAACUUCUGCCUCUUUUAUCCUUCUGGUCCUAAUGGCUGAACAAGUCAUUCCAAUAGUUUACCACCAUGGUUUAUUAUGGGCUAUCUGUUCUCCAGAAGCAUUUGCUCCAAAGUUAAUCACUCUUUACUAUUUGAACUACUUAACCAAAUUUAUCGAAUUAAUCGACACUGUCUUCUUAGUUUUAAAGAGAAAGAAGUUAUUAUUUUUACACACUUUCCAUCAUGGUGCUACAGCUUUAUUAUGUUACACCCAAUUAAUUGGUCACACUUCUGUCGAAUGGGUUGUCAUCAGUUUGAAUUUAGCUGUCCAUGUUAUCAUGUACUGGUACUAUUUCUUAAGCUCUUGUGGUAUUAGAGUGUGGUGGAAACAAUGGGUUACAAGAUUCCAAAUCAUUCAAUUCUUGAUUGAUUUAUGUUUCGUUUAUUUUGCCACCUACACUUUCUACGCUGAAAAAUUCUUUGACGGUAUCUUACCUCACAAGGGUACUUGCCACGGUACUCAAGAUGCUGCCGCUUAUGGUUACUUAAUUUUAACCUCCUAUUUAUUCUUAUUCAUUUCUUUCUACAUUACAUCUUACAAGAAGGGAAGUGCUAAGAAAGCUGAAAAGAAGGCCGCCGGCGCUUCAUCCUCUCAGCCAGCUGCCAAGACAUCUGGUUCUAAAAAGAACGCCACUAAGGCUACUUCCAGAAAGGCCUAA